UGAGGCGGGUUACGUAUUAAGAAUCCUUUCCAAACUAUGCGCAACUCCUCGCGAUUCUCAACACUCUUAUCCUAUGCUAACUCCUCAGCUCCUGGCUUUCAUCCCGACGCUACAGCUAUUCAUCGUCUUUUCUGCACUGGGAGAUGUGUGCAAGGCAUAAAGUGUGGUAGUAAUAUUGGAUAGGUGGAAUUGACACCCGUCAUCAGGUGGUAGCAGGUUCCUUACAUCUGUUCCAUAUGUGGGCUUGUUGGAGCUGCUCCAGGACUCGACUUCUAAGCAGCUUGUACUUUAAUUUUGCACCUACGCUUAAAACCAGUUAUCGGCCAUCUCCUUUUUCCUUAUUCACAGCCUCUCCCGUCUUUCGUUCUGACGAGAAGGCAAAUAACAUGAACAGCUCCUCUUUCUCUUCUUCUUCUCCCCAUUCUUCUAGAAGGGGUUUGGACAUAAAAAAUGAUAGAGAAAGAUCGAGGGGCCAUAGUGGUGGGGAUGGCGGUGGAGGAGGAGCCAAGGAUAAAAUUGAUGCCCUUGGGAGACUCUUGACGCGCAUUUUGCGCCAUAUGGCUUCUGAGUUAAAUCUGAAUAUGCGGAGUGAUGGCUUUGUUAGAGUUCAAGAUUUGCUAAAGUUGAAUAUGAAAACAUUUGCCAGUAUUCCGAUAAGAUCGCACACUGUUGAUGACAUUAAGGAGGCUGUCAGAAGGGAUAAUAAGCAGCGAUUCAGCCUCCUAGAGGAAAAUGGGGAGCUUCUGAUACGUGCAAACCAAGGCCACACAAUAAAGACAGUUGAAUCUGAGAGUUUACUGAAGCCAAUUAUUUUAGUCGAUGAAGUACCAGUGUGCGUACAUGGAACCUAUAAGAAGAAUUUGGAAUCUAUUUUGGAGUCUGGCUUAAAGCGCAUGCAAAGAUUGCAUAUCCACUUCUCAUGUGGCUUGCCAACUGAUGGUGAAGUAAUUAGUGGUAUGAGGUGGAAUGUGAAUGUUUUGAUAUAUCUUGAUGUGAGAAAGGCUCUAGAAGAUGGAAUGAAGCUUUACAUAUCAGACAAUAAGGUGAUCUUGACUGAAGGUUUUGAUGGUGUUGUGCCCGUAAAGUACUUUGAAAAGAUCGAAUCAUGGCCAGAUAGACUACCAAUACAGUUUCCAACAUAACAUGAUUAUGAUUGUUUUCACACCCAUGAAAUGAUCGGUUGCAGUUAUGAGAGGCCUUUGUUGUUUUGUGUCAUGUACUUGGCAUGCUACACCAUGCAUGUAGCUUAUGGUGAAUGAAUGAAAUUGAUUCAGGCAUCAAAAGGCGAAUGAAAAAGUAGAAUUAAAGCUUUCAAUUGG